AUGGGACGUCCCGACGGCCCCCGCGACCCCAUCGCCGGCCCCGACACCCCCCAACCGCCCUUCCCCCUCAAGCUCCGCGGUCCCGUAAUCAAAGGCUUCGGACGCGGCAGUAAAGAACUCGGCAUCCCCACCGCCAACAUCCCCCUCUCGGGCCUCUCAAUCGGCGGCAACGAAGACCUCGACUCAGGCAUCUACUACGGCUGGUGCACCCUCGAUCCCUCCACCAUCCCUUCUCCCUCUUCCUCCUCCUCCUCCACCACCACUUCCUCAGACUCCUCACCACCAUCAACAUCCUCCAACCACGCCGUCCUCGACCUAAACUACCCCACCACCCCCGCCCCUUCCCCGCAAACAAUCUACCCCACCGUCCUCUCCAUCGGCUACAACCCGUACUACAAAAACUCGAAGCGCAGCAUCGAAAUCCACAUUUUGCACAACUUUGAGCGGGAUUUUUAUGGCGCAACGCUGAGUUUGGUGAUACUGGGGUUUAUACGGCCAGAGUAUGAUUAUGUGAGUUUGGAGGCGCUGGUGGAGGAUAUCAAGGAGGAUAUUCGGGUGGCGAAGAGGAGUUUGGAGCGCGAAAAGUAUUUGGAGUGGAAGGGGGAUGAGUGGUUGAAGGGAGGCGGCGAGGGUGGCGAGGUUAUGGCGAAUGGAGAGGGGAAUGCGAGGGUGGAGCAGGCCGGGCAAAAGGAUGGGGUGGUUAAGAGUGAGAUGAUGAAUUGA